UAAUUUGUACGUCAUCCUUUUAUUUUUCCUCCCUUUUCUUUUCGGCAAAACCCUAGCUUAAUUCCUCAAAACCCAGCGCCUCUUAGCCCUAACCCACCACCUUCACCACUCAAAUUAAUUCGCAGUUAGGGUUUAUUCGAAGAUGACGAGCGCCUUGGAUAUGUCUCUCGACGAUAUUAUCAAGUCCAACAAAAAAUCCGGCGGCCCCAAUUCCCGAGGCAGAGGCGGCCGCGGCUGCGGCCGCGGCUCCGGCCUAGGGCCGGCGCGUCGCUCCUUCAAGCGUGGCGCCAAUCGGACGGCGCCGUAUCCCAAGCCGGGUCAAGCUCCGGUCACCACGUGGCAACACGACAUGUUCACGGGCGCUGCACAGGCGAAGGCAAGGGCGGGGGCAACUCGAGCUUCGUCCAUAGAAACUGGCACUAAAAUUUAUGUUUCCAAUUUGGAUUAUGGAGUUUCUAAUGGAGACAUUAAGGAUCUCUUUUCCGAGGUUGGUGAUCUUAAGCGAUAUGCAGUUCAUUUUGACCGAAGUGGAAGAUCAAAGGGAACCGCAGAAGUUGUCUUUUCACGACGAGCAGAUGCCUUGGCAGCCGUCAAGAGAUACGACAAUGUCCAAUUAGAUGGAAAACCAAUGAAACUUGAGAUUGUCGGAAGAAAUAUUGCUGCUUCUGCUGCUGCACCUCCAUCUACGAAUGGCAUGUAUGACAAUCAAAAUGGUGGUUUUAGAAGCCGCCAAAGAAGAGGUGGUGCCAUGGGAGGGCCUCGUCGUGGUGGACGUGGAGUUAGUAGAGGUCGUGGCCGGGGUAGAGGUCAAAGUGAAAAGACGCCAUUUUCUGUAGAAGAUCUUGAUGCUGAUUUGGAAAAGUACCAUGGUUCAGCAAAGCAAUCAGAUGCAAUGGUUCAGUGAGUUCGCGAUAUUAUUUAAAAGUACAAGAAGAAGCCCAACUCAGUAACAAGACACAAUGUUCACUGAGUUCUUCCUCCAUUUGCUUGUUAAGGCAUCUCCAGUAGCAGCAUAUUGCGUGUGUGGAGUGGUGAUGCCUAAAACCAAGUAUAUGUAAUGUUUCUCAGCAUGCUUCCUUAUAUAGAUAGAAACACAGUAAUAGUAGUCUGCCUCGAGUUUUUUCCAGGCGUGGGCUUCGGCAGUUUUCUUUUUUCUUUCGUACCUGGGUUAUAAUGGACAUCAACUGUUUGUACUGUUGAAAAUUUGUCUUGGUUGUGUUAUUUUAUUUUUUUUUCUUUUCUUCCUGCC